UUGUGUGGGUUAAAGACGCCCCCCUGGCCAAGGCAGUGGGGAGGACAGAGCAGGCUGCUUCUGAUGCUACUCCAACGGCUGAAAAGAAAUCAAGGUUUGAGCGUCUGAAGGAAAGGAUGGAAGAAGAGAGGAAAGUUGAGCAUGAGCAUUUGAUGAGAAAAAUUCAGGAGUUGGAGAUUAUUAGAGAUGCCCCCCUGGCCAAGGCAGUGGUGAGGAGAGAGCAGGCUGCUUCUGAUGUUACUCCAACGGCUGAAAAAAAGUCAAGGUUUGAGCGUCUGAAGGAAAAGUUGGAAGGAGAGAGGAGAGCUGAGCAUGAGCACCUGAUAAAAAACAUUCAGGAGUUGGAAAUGAGCGUAAAGUGGGAGCAGAAUAAAUAUGCAGUCCAAGAGAAAGCUCUAAAGGAGAUGGCCAGAGGGAAUGAGAGGGCAGAGGCAGAAAAAGCUGCCCUCCAGGAGAUAAUUCAGAGACUGGUGAAGAAACAGGUGCGGACAGAGGAAGCCUGGGGGAAAAAGCAGGAAGACUGGACCAAGGCCAAAGCCAUGUUUUCAGACCAGUGGUCAAAACUGGAGAAGCUUUGGAAGAGGGAGAAAUCUGCUCUAAUAGAUAAUGCAGAGAGCUUUAAAAAGAUCAUCAAGGAUCUCCAGUGUGCCUCGAAAACAACAGAGGCAGAGAUCAAGAUGGCAGAGACAGAGAAAACUGCACUCCAGGAGAUCAUGCAGAGACUGGUGGUGAAAAUUGUCCAGACCGAGAAAGCCUGGGGAAAUGAGCAGAGAGACUGGGCCAAGGACAAGGCCAGGUUAUCAGACCAGAUGCAGAUGAUGGAGAUUGCUUGGAGCUUAAGAGAAGAUGGAUGGGCCAAACUGAUGCAACACAUGGAAGCGGAGAUAGCCCAGAAGAAGAUUCUGCAGGAAAAAGAGGCACAGGUGCACAGCAAAAGUGCAUGCCACAUUGGAAUAAGAGGCUACUUGAAGAAUAUAACCAAAAAGAGGAGGGAGAAAAAGGAGAGGGCGAAGGAAGACAAAUAUGGCCCCUAAA